AUGAUGCAAACUCAAGGUGCAUGGGAAGAGAAGAUCCGCCUGAAGCGUGAAGCCCGGGUCCAAGCAUUGACAUCUGUCGUAAAUGAGAGUCUCCAAAAUCUCGACCUAUCUACGACAGCUAUUGACGAUAUAUCGACUUUAGUCGGUCGCAUUGCUUCGGGCAAGCUGAGCUCCGAGGCCGUCACAAGAGCAUUUAUACACAAGUUCAGGCCAUCUCAGCGCAAGUUCAGUCUCACUGAAAUCUUCUUUUCAGAGGCUUUGGCACAAGCCCGCGAGCUUGAUCGCUAUCAAGCUGAGCAUGGAAAGGUGAUCGGGCCACUCCACGGUGUCCCCGUCACUUUGAAAGAUCAGUUCGAUGUUAAGGGGUAUGACACCACCCUUGGAUAUGUUGGCCGCACAUUCAACCCCGCGGCUGAAGAUGCUGUUCUGGUCGGCAUGCUCAAGAAGCUCGGCGCUGUCGUGCUGGCCAAGACGAAUCUUCCACAGAGCAUCAUGUGGUGCGAGACAGAAAAUCCUCUUUGGGGGCUCACCACAAAUCCCCUAGAUAAGGAUUACACCCCAGGAGGCUCCACAGGCGGCGAAUCAGCCCUCCUAAAUCUCCGUGGCAGCCUUCUCGGCUGGGGAACCGAUAUUGGCGGCAGUAUUCGGAUACCUUCGCACAUGAUGGGUCUGUAUGGACUAAAACCGAGUAGUUCGCGUCUUCCAUAUUAUGGAGUUCCGGUAUCAACCGAAGGACAAGAGCACGUACCUUCGUCAGUGGGGCCGUUGUCGCGAAAUUUACCCUCCUUAACCCUCGUGAUGAAAGAGCUAAUACAGAUGAAGCCGUGGGAGCACGAUGCGCGUUGUGUGCCUGUGCCCUGGAGGAGCGAGAUCUUUGAGGACUCUAAAUCCCGCCCGCUGACUAUCGGUGUGCUUUCCGAUGACGGAGUAGUUCGGCCACACCCCCCUAUUACGAGAGUACUGCUCGCAGUAGUGGAGAAGCUUAGGCUAGCUGGCCACGACAUCGUGGAGUGGAAUGCAGAGCUCCAUCCUGAAUGCAUCCAGGUAAUGGAUGAAUACUACACAGCCGAUGGCGGCGAAGACAUCCGUCGUGAUAUGGCAGCUGGUGGAGAGCCAUAUAUCCCCCACGUGGAGGGACUUGUAAACCGAGGCCAGCCCAUUUCCGUGUACGACUACUGGCAGCUGAACAGGCGUAAAAUAGCGCUCCAGCAAGCCUAUCUCAAGAAAUGGGAUGCCAUCAAGUCUCCCACGACUGGCAGGCCCGUGGAUGUGGUGUUGAUGCCGCCCAUGCCACAUACUUCCGUCCCCCACCGUUCUUGCCGCUGGGUAGGGUACACUAAGGUAUGGAAUGUGUUAGACUACCCAGCUCUCGUAGUCCCGGCAGGCAAAGUCUCCUCUGCAGACAGCGAUGUGCCGUGGGACCAUGCGCCGAGGAACGCGCUCGACGAGUGGAAUGCUAGGGUGUGGACGCAGAAUAAGGAGAAGAUGAUUGAGCUGGGCUUGCCGGUCGGGGUUCAGAUAAUCGCGAGGAAGCUCGAGGAGGAGAAGGUUCUAGGGGUCGGGGCGGUCAUCGAUGAGUUGCUUCGAUAUAAGUAGGUAUCUUGGAGAUCUCGUACAACGUAUAGCCCCUAUUAUAAUUGUUAUUGCAUCUUAAAAAACACUAUGCCUGUCGCCUUACUCUCGAAGAAUACGGUGAUUAAUGCAAUACUCGAUUGCUUUGUGCCGUAGCAGGAAGGAACCCCCUAUUCGCGAGAAUCAUUACAAACUUCAUUCAAUGAUUACAUGCAUAAGAUCGAUAGAAAUUGAGAGGAAUUGUUGCAAGAUUAAGAGUAAUUGCAUACAGUGAGGAAUGGAUCCACGCAUACCAGAUGUACAUUAACACAAUUUUCACCAUGAUAGAAGAGCGGCUAGGGGGGUUUACGACGUUCCAAAGCACAAAGCCUGAUGACAGAAAUUUCUCAAUUAUACACGACUCGAUAACCGAUGGAUGAUACCAAACCCCCUAUCUAGUCCAUUAGCUGGCCACUCACCUAACCUACUCCUUCGACUUCUUGAGGAUUUCCCCCGGAGGAGCAGGCAUCAUGGCACCCUCUGGGGGCUUAUUCUUGCUCUUGAAGUGGUCGCACAUCUGUAGGUAGGAAUGUUAGCAAAGCUCUGGAUGAAUACUGCCUGCUAGGUACUAAGGUAGGUAAAGAAGGCAGUUA